CAAUCCAUGCCACCACCAUUAUAUUACUAAGAUAUUCAUCCACCCAUUAUUGUUCUCUUUGACAAAAGUCCACACUAAAUUCAUUCUUCCUACUGUUUCUCCAGCUCCAAGUAGUUUUUAGGGAGUUGAGUGUUUUCUGCCAUGGAUACAUCUGAAGCAACUAAGGUGGUUUUCUCAAGGAUCCAAACUUUGGACCCAGCAAAUGCCUCAAAGAUCAUGGGGUACCUUUUCUUGCAAGAUCAUGGUGAGAAGGAGAUGAUACGCUUAGCCUUUGGACCAGACACCAAUCUUCAUAAUCUCAUCCUCAAAGCCAAAACCCACUUGGGACUCCCCUCAAACCCUACCUCUUCACCCUCCUCUCCUUCGCCCUUCAACCCAAUCUCAAGGUCAAGAAACACAUCGAAUAACUUUGACAUCCCAAACCCAUCUUCCUCUUCAGCAAACCCUUGGCAUCGCACUGGCUUUUGCACUCCUCUCUCUUACGCCAGUGUUGUUAAAGAAACCAGUGAUAUUGGUACUCCCGGCUCAUUUUUAUCUUCUGCAUUGCCGUAUAGUUCUACUGACCUCAUUGAUGAUUACCAGCUUCAAGACCAUCUUGCUUUCGUCAACGAUUCCAAGAUCGAUGAUUUGCUCGAUCGGCGGCUAGGGGUAACCGGGAGUCCAAGCGCUAAUGCUGAACCCUUGUUGCACGCGCGAAGCUACUUGUCUUCAGGCGUGUCUUCUGGGUCCGAAGAUGCAAGCUCUGGGCUUGGAUGGAAGCCAUGCUUGUAUUUCGCCAGAGGGUGUUGUAAAAAUGGCAGCAGUUGCCGGUUUCUCCAUACUGAUUCCUUGGAUGCUACUGCUAUUGUUGGUUCUCCGAGCAAAUUCAAUGAGUUAGAACAAGAGUUCCUCAUCAGAUCAAAAGCCGUUCACCAACAAAAGCGGGCCACGGCUUCGCAGUUCAUGGCUGGAGCUUCUUUCCCUUACAAUAAGUGCCUGAGUUUUCUAUUGCAGCAACAAAAUGAUGUCCAGAGAUCGGCCGCAGCAUCAGCAUUUAUGGAGGAUGAGCUUCACCAGUUUGGGCGCUACCGGCCUGAAAAGAAUGAUUUUUCGUCCAUGGGACUGGGAGGAAUGGCGCAUCCUGGCUCGAGACAGAUUUACUUGACAUUCCCAGCUGAUAGUGCUUUCAGAGAGGAAGAUGUUUCCAACUACUUCAACAUUUAUGGACCUGUGCAAGAUGUGAGGAUUCCAUACCAACAGAAGCGAAUGUUUGGAUUUGUUACAUUUGUCUAUGCGGAGACGGUGAAGAUCAUUUUGGCGAAAGGGAAUCCUCAUUUUGUUUGUGAUUCCCGUGUUCUUGUUAAGCCUUAUAAGGAGAAGGGAAAGAUACCGGACAAGAAGCAGCAGCAACAUUUGGAGAGGGGAGAGUAUCCAUUGUGCUCAACUCCAUCAGGGCUUGAUUCUAGAGAGCCUAUUGAUCUUCACUUUGAACCAGGAGCAAGAACGUUUUAUGAUACCCAAGAGAUGUUGAGAAGGAAACUUGAGGAACAGGCUGAGUUGCAGCAAGCCUUUGAACUACAAGGAAGAAGACUCAUGAAUCUGCAACUUGAAGACUUGAAGAGUCAUCGCUAUUAUACUCAUCAAAAUUUAUCUGUUGGGUCCACCAUUCCCUCACCAACUCUCAGUCCCAACAAUCAAAUCCCCAUUCUUCCACCUGAUGGCAUUAAUCAAAAAGUCCCUACAGAGAAAGGUGACAACCCGGGUAUAGCCACUUCCCAAACUAGUUCUGCUGCGGGUGCUGAUCCGGAGUUGCAACAGGAAGUGAAUCUGACUUGCAGUCGUGGCACUGUUGAUAGCAUGGACGAGGAGGAUAGAUCACAUCCUAAAGAAAGCGACCUUCCUGAAAGCUUAGAGCACUCUUCCCCCUGAACAUGGCUUCUCUGAAAAAUGUUUACUCCAAAUGUCCAGGUAUCCUUCUGGGCAUGGAAUGUAGUUGACAUCAUGAACAUGGCCAGCAAGGUUUUGAUUAUGCUAGAAAGGUUUAGAAGCACAAAUGAAAGAAGAAAAAUCCUCUAACCGCUUACAGCCAGCAAUCAUACCUACCAUCAAAGAAAUUUGUAGACAAGAUCUCAGGAUAUCUAUCACCAUCAUCAACAACAAUAUUAGAGAUACUACUUAGAAUGAAUAUAUAUGUAUAAACCCAUACGUAAAAAGGACAGAUGCACUGAUUUAUGGGAGUGGGGUCUCUAUCUUUCCUUGCUUUAUGCCCUGUCUCUACAGGUGUGUGUGCUGUACCACUCAGCAUUAAUGGAAGAAAGGCUAGCUUGUAACAUGCAAGCAUGGAUGAUCCUGCAAGUAUUGCUAUUAUAUUGCUAUUUCUACA